CUCCUCUCCUCCCAGUCCCAGAAGAAUUUAUUUUCCAAUUUGGCCUUAGGAAAAGCGGCGACCCCAGAAAAGUGGAGGCCUCGCCUUCUCGAGUCUCCAUUCCAUUCGAAAAGGCAUCGCCGGGUGAGCGAAAAGGGGGAAGAUCGAUGGCGACGUGCUCUCGCCCGCUCUUCGUCUCCGACUCCGCGUCCUCCGCCUCGCCGUCGCGGGCGUCCCUUCGCCGCCUUCACACGGUAGCAGUAGUAUCGAUAUGGGAACCCCUACCCCGCCCACCAGUGCGGGCUGUAGCCUGGCGUUUCUCCCGAACGAAGCAAUGCUCAAGGAGAUCCACCGAGUGUUUGGCGAGUGGAGCAUCCGUGUCCAGAUUGACGCGGCCAAUAAGGAGAAUGCUGUCUCGUUACUCUUCACUGAUGAUCACCUUGCACGGCAACCUCAGCCGGUGCUACAAGGCCAUGAGCGCGCUGCGGCCAGAUGGGGCAUCCAGGCACUUCAUGUCUGCUGGUUUCGGACGCGUCGUUUUAGGGGUGGUGCUGGUGAUGUCCAUCUCAGCGGCUUCUUAUACAGCACCUUCUUCAUCGGCGCUUACAGAGGAAAACUUGCUUUUCCUGGAGGCUUGGCGCGCGGUUGAUCGAGCAUACUAUGACAAAUCUUUCAAUGGGCAAAGUUGGUUUAGAUACCGUGAAAAUGCCCUUCGCAAUGAACCAAUGAACACAAGGGAAGAGACAUAUGCAGCAAUCAAGAAAAUGCUUUCAACAUUGGAUGAUCCAUUUACUCGUUUCUUGGAGCCUGAGAAAUUGAAGAGCUUGCGGUCUGGUACGCAAGGCGCACUCACGGGUGUAGGUUUAUCGAUUAGUUACCCAAUGGCAAUUAAUGGAUCACCUUCAGGAGUUGCUGUCAUGACAGCCACCCCUGGUGGUCCUGCAGAAAAGGCCGGCAUUCUUCCUGGAGAUAUCAUUUUGGCAAUUGAUGACAGAAGCACUGAAGACAUGGAUAUAUAUGAUGCCGCAGAACGCUUACAGGGCCCUGAAGGAAGUCCGGUAGAUUUGUCUAUUCGUAGUGGGACCAAUACCAGGCAUGUCGUUCUGAAGAGACAAACAGUCACUUUAAACCCAGUGAGGUCAAGGAUGUGUGAGAUUCCAGGUUCAAAAGAUAGCUCAAAGAUCGGUUACAUCAAAUUGACAACAUUUAACCAAAAUGCUGCAGAAUCUGUUAAGGAAGCCAUUAAGACAUUAAGGGACAACAAUGUCAAAUCCUUUGUGUUGGAUCUGAGAAAUAACAGUGGUGGCCUUUUUCCUGAAGGAAUUCAAAUUGCUAAGAUUUGGAUGGACAAGGGUGUUAUUGUAUAUAUAUGUGAUAGCCAAGGUGUUCGUGACAUUUAUGAGGCAGAUGGAGCUGAUACAAUUGCUGCAUCAGAACCUUUGGUGGUGCUGGUAAACAAAGGAACUGCGAGUGCAAGUGAGAUCCUUGCUGGAGCACUGAAAGACAAUAAAAGGGCAGUCGUAUAUGGGGAACCAACAUAUGGAAAAGGGAAGAUUCAGUCGGUUUUUGGAUUAUCUGAUGGAUCUGGCUUAGCUGUGACUGUAGCACGCUAUGAAACUCCUGCACAUACCGACAUUGACAAGGUUGGUGUGAUUCCAGACCGACCAUUGCCAGCGUCAUUCCCUACAGAUGAAGAUGGCUUCUGCAGCUGCCUUAGGGAUUCGACGGCUGCUUGCAAUCUGAAUGCUGCUCAGCUGUUUGCAAGAUCAUGACCAAGCCCUUCACUCAGCAUUUUGGGUCUUAUGGAUUGUACAAAUAACCAUGGUGUUUCCUAGGAGCUGCUUGUGCGUGGUGUGUGGAUGGUUCAGCAUCCACAAUUCAUUUCAUUAGCAUUGAUUUUUGUUCCAGUUUUACUGGGUGAAGUCACGGUCGUGUUGAACAGAUCCUUACUUCAACAAUUUUGAAUGGAAGCACUGAGGAAACCUGCAAAUUGUCCUUCAUUGUCAGUCA